AAACAUCUCAUUGUCUGUCAUUGAAGCCUCAGCAAGAAACAAUUCAAAAUUAAACAAACUUAUUGGCAAUCAGAGUGCUUAAAACAUUAACUAAUAAAUGAUAUAUUACUGAGAUAGUGUGCGUGGGAAAACGAAUAAAUUUCGAGUUAAAUGAUUUAACUUAGCGGGGAAGUUCUCGCCAUUUCGACCGGGUUCGAACGCAUUAUGCUCACGGACAUUGGCAGCAGCAGCGCGAACGGUAUCGGUAUCGGUAAUGGCACCAAUGGCCAUAAUGUUGGCAAUGGUCAUGGCAACAGCAUCCUAGUCAGUGGCAUUCAUUCGCUGAGCGGCUCCUCCAGCGGCAUUUUCAGUGCGAGCAGCGAAAAGUUGGCAACGCGGAAUGACGAGGCGAGCUCCAAGAAGGGCAGCAACUGUGAAGGCGAUGAAGAUGAGGACGAUGAGGAUGAUGACGACGACGAUGAUGAUGAUGAUGAGGAUGAAACUACGGCAGAAUCCCCCCUGCUGCCCCUGAAGGACGACCUCGAGCCAUCGCCCACUCGAGUCCAGAGUUCCUCGCACAUAUCAGCCAGUAGGUCACCCCACCAGUACAGCACCGUAGCAGGCGACCACGAACUUGGGCCAGCUCAUCAGCACCAGCAUCCGCACCAGCAUCCGCCGCCACCCGCUUCCAACGAGUGUCGUCGUCGCAGCUCGCUGACCAGUUGUCCGAAUUCCCUGCCUUGUGACCACGUCGAGAGUCCGCAAGGAGAGGCGAACAACAACAGCAGUAGCACCAGCAACAAUAACAACAAUAACAUCAACGAGGGAGGAUUCUAUUCUCACCUGUCCAGCAGCACUCCCAGCCACAAGCACCAGCACGAAUAUCAGCUGUAUCCCAACGACACCUUUGCCCGUCUAGAAGGGAAGUCAGCGAGACCAAAUACCAAGAUGCAGACUAAAGUGGAUGCAGUGGGUCGCAUCACUGGCCCCUGGGGCAAAUGGCAGCUACGGACUGUGCUCCUGAUCUUUCUUUGCAAGAUCCCCUCCUCCUGGUUCAUGGCCUGCAUCAUUUUCACGGCGCCGGCACCCCGACACGGGGAGUUCUUCUGCAAACCACCAAACACGAUCGGAGCCCAGAACCAGACGCAGUGGAUCAAGGUUUCCCAUCCGCAAAAGGAGGAGAGCGACGAUCAGGAGUUCUCCAUCGACUUUUGCAAUGUGUACCAGGAUGCCCAGGAGCACGCCCAUCAUUACUACAAUUACGAGAACAGCGAGCAGGAGCCGCGAGUGUGGGAGAAGCCCCUGCACCGCAACUCUAAUGUGAUUCCCUGCACCGAGUUUCAGCACGAAUCCGACUACCAUUCCGUGGUGACCCAGUACGAUCUCGUCUGCUCUCGGGACAUCCUCGUCUCAGUCACACAGUUCUUCCAUCUCUUCGGUGUGCUCACUGGGGGCAUUCUGGCCAAUCAGCUGCUUAAAUAUUUCAGUCCCCGAAAUGUGAUGCUCUUUGGCAUGAUCACACAGAUCUUCUGUGGAAACCUAACGGGCCAUGUUGCCUCCUACGAGCUGCAUGUCUUCUUCCGGUGCCUCUCCGCCGUCUGCUGUGCCCAGAUGUACACCGCAGGUGGCCAGAUCAUGGCCGACAUAACGGGUGGGAAGUAUAAAACCUGCGUCUCCACACUCUUCGAGCAGUUCUGGUCUAUUGGGGUGAUGAUGCUGCCCGGAGUGGCCAGCUUCUGGUCCAGUUGGUCGCAUCUCUACAUGGCCAUCUCAUGGCCCACGGUGAUCCUCAUCUACCUAUGGCAGUGGAUUCCCGACUCGCCACGCUGGCUUAUCGCCCGGGGUAGGGUGCAGGAAGCCAAGAAGAUCUUGCUGGAGUGCGCCGAGGUGAAUGGAACGCGCUACAACCUGCCCCACGACAUCGACCAGCAGCUGGAGCUGCAGGCACAGACGGCGAUGGACGCCCCGCCGCCGAGUGGGUGGUGGUCUAUGUGGAAGGGCGAGCGUGCGGUGCGGCACAUGGUGUGCGUGCACCUGGCCUGGUCGCUCUACAUCGUCGUCUACUACGGCAUGCUGCUCAACAUACGCUCCUUCAGCCGCGAUCACCUGUACAUCAACACCUUCAUCGCGGGCUUCAGCGAGAUGGUGGGCACGUUCAUUGGCCUCUUCCUGAUCCUGAAGACCACCCGCAAGUGGCUGUGGACGGGGCUCUUCAACAUUGUGGCGGGAUGUAUUGCCUACUGCGGCUGGUUGGUCCCCAAGAGUGUGAUCGGAGUAGACCUGAAUGUGGCCCUGCUCAUGUGCUCGGCAAUGGUGUCCAAAAUGGCCAUCUCGACGACGCUCAGCAUCCUGACUACCUGCACUGUGGAACUGGUCUCUGAUGACAAAAAGAAAAUCACCGCCUUCUCGACCAUCUGCUGGGCUCGCUUUUGGCUGCUAGGAGCUCCCUUUAUUGGGUCCACAGUGGUCCUGGGCCAACUCAUUCCCCAGACGGCCUUUGCCUCGCUGGCCAUCUGGGGCGGAUUCUGCACCGCCUUGAUCAGCAGCCCAAGGACACAUCCCAUCUCAAGACCCGCGUCGCCGGCUGCCCAGAGUGCACAAAAUGUGGCCUCCCAGUUCACCAUCAUCGACGGCAUGGACAACAAGGGCUACACGCCCAGCUCGAAGCCAACCAUCCAUGCGAACAGCACCAUUAGGAAACUGACCACGCCGCAAUCAAAUCUACCUCCUCAACUGAUGCCCGGCAUUUGGACGACCAAGAUAAACGAGGAUGGCCCACCAAUGUGAUCUGCUCCAACGCGAGAUUAGGUUGCGCAGGAAAAAGCUGUUUAACAAGGAUGGGAUUGACAGAACAGUUGCUUAAAGCGAUGUUAGCUUGGAGAAGUACUUGCUUUUGCACGGGGGAGGUCUCGAGAUACUAACUUACCAUUCUCGAGCCUUGCCUAUGUAGAGCUUGAUAGGAUUUAGGAACAUAGUUCUAAUGUUUAAUUGUAGAAGCAGCUGUUCAAAAUUAAGCUAAUGCAGUGCAGACAGUUAGAACCUUGGGUUUUGUUCACUUUGGUGGUGCUGUGACUUGUAAACUACAGUCUACAAAUUUGAUAUACACUAUAUAUACUUAUAAAGCCCCUUUAUUACGUAAGGGGCACCUCCUUUUGUAACGCACACUAGCAAACUUUUUUGAGGGGAAGUCCGAGGCAGACCUAGCUCUUUUCGCACACUUAAAAAGUAGGAGCUCAACUUUACCCUAGUCCCAAAAUAAAAGUGCUCAAAUGAGGAAUAUAUUAGGCACCCUAGGUAAAAAAAAUACCAACAUUUUUUAGUAGUCAACUCUGAAGCUUAGAUCUUUGGGCAGAAGAGUCCCUAACCAAAUCCGAUUAAACGGAAAAAGACGCUCGCAAAGGCAGCCCAAAAAUAAACCACUAAUUACCUAUAUAUGUAUAUUUUUCAUUAAAUCUAAUUUAGGGCAUAGUUUUAUAGUUUAGUUAAUCCCCGGAAGGCCAUAAACACACAUGAAUCUGGGUUUAGCUUCAGCGCAGCCAUAAAAAGUAGUCUCAUAAGCCUAGUACGUCGGUCGAAUGUGGAACACGCCCCGAGAGACAAGCCCAGUAUUACGCAGUCACAAUUAAACCAAAACCGAUCCGAACCGAACCGAAUCGAACCUCAUGUAGAACCCAUUUAAUAGAAAUGCCAACUAUUGGCGGUUGAUCCUUCUAAAGGCCUGCGGUUCCACAUUUUAGUGAUUGUGUUGUAAACACCUGGAGAGAAUUUCAUGAAAAGACAUACAUAUAAGAGUAGUCACACAAUAAUUAAAUAUUAUAGAAAACUUCAAUUACCUUUCUCGACUUCUAAAUAAUGAAUUGCAAGGGGCAUAGAGGAAAUCAAUAAUUUUAGAGUAACUAUUAAUUACUUUAUUACCAUUAUGUAUUAUGAAUUAACAAUUAUCAAUUACCAAGCUAAUUUUAAUAUAAAUCAAUUAGUAGCGUUUCAGGUCUAAUUAUUAAUUAUGCAUAUAAAAGUACAUAUAUUUUAAAAGUUGCAACUUUGCCUAGUGAAUACGCUUGGCAACUCGUUGAAUGUUAUCUGAUAAUGGUUACUAUAUGAAAGAAAAUGUUAUGCAUGGCAAAAGAGCAAUAUUUUUCUAAUAAAGCAUCCCCCCAUAAAAAAAACAAGGAAACUUAUUGAUCGUUUUAAUUUUAAGGUACUUGAUUGUUUAAAAGAUUUACCGAACUGCAAGAGGUGUCAGAAAUGGAUAUAUAAUAUUGUUAAUCAGUUAAAUUCUUCGUGUGGUUUUGGCAAGGAUCUUUGCUUUUAUUCAGAUUUCUUCAAAACUGAGAGACUUCCUUACGGACAGACGGA